AAUUUUGCGCCAUGAAGGCAUCAGGAACCAAAGAGGUGUAAUAAAAUAUCCUAGAUCGUGAACUCAUUACGUACUUCCUGUUCACUACGGAGCGCAAUAUUUGAGCAGAAUAAAGGGCAAGGGGGGUAGGUGCCGCGCACACUCGACUACAGCGAGACUGGAGUUUUGUUCUUCAUUUGUGCGUAACGGCGCAGUCCGUGGUGAGAAGAUGGGCGGCCAUGACAGUGCCAGAUCUAGGAGUGUCAGUUUAUGUUGGUGACAGACGUCGAAACAGGAAGUGUGCCUGAUGAACCCAGAGUUAGACUCUAUCAGUGUCAGUCUACUGUGCCCAAUCCUGUCUCUGCCUUUUCAUCAGACACUGCAGGUCUGCCCCCCCUCCCCACUUUCCCCGCCCCCACACCAGGUCCCCCCCACCCCGUCACAACACCAGCCGUCUGUGUGAACAGCCUGGGAAAUGACGUCGGAGCAGGGCAGCCGCGGAUUCUACCUGAGUCCACUGGACAGACGGUACAAGCCGGAGGAACUGGUCACUCACAUCAUCCGUCUGCUGACCAGUGUGGGCCUCAGGUGUGACGACGUUUCUAAGAUCGCCAUCCACCGUGACCUGGGUGUGGCACGAGUGGUGUUGAUGACGUCAGAGAACGAGCGGUUCGCCGUGCGCGCCAUCGAGCAGCUGAGCAGCCUGAUGAAGGUGUUGGACCUCCGGACCAUCACGGCCAGGCCAGACCUGGGGCGAGCACGUGGGGUCAGGGACCGCUCCAGCGAGUCCAGAUGUCUCCCCACGGACCGAGAAAAGACAAACGAUGAGCAGGCGGCGGAAAAACGGACAGAGCAAGAGCCAGUGGAGGUCAACGGUGAGGACAAAGCGUCAUCUGAUACACAGAAAUCUUCUGACGACGGAACUCAGGACGUGGAGCAGGGCAGAGAGGAGACGUGCGCCAGUGACGACAGCGGCCAGGCUAGGUCACUUCCGGAGGCUACCGUGUCAGAUCCUGACCUGUCCAGUGCUGUGGUGAACUCUGACCCGGCCAUAUCCCCAGCUGCGGUCACCUCUGAACCGGCCAUAUCUACUUCCGCGGCACAGGAGACACACAGCGGAAGUGAUGCAAGGUGUACCCCCCAGCCCCAGGACGAUGACGGGGGUCACAAGGAAGGAACAACAACACAGUCAGGGCCACCCUCCAAGGACUCGAACUCCGACCAGCUGGGUCAGAGGCCAGGCGGAACUCAAGGCCAGUCCUCACAGGAGCGGAAGGAAGGAGGGAACGAGGAGGAGGAGGAUGAUGAUGAUGAGGAAGAGGAGGAAGAAGAAGAAGUCCCCGGACCCAAGCUGGUCGACGCCAAAACUUCCACUCCAAUGGUAUCCCCAUGCCACUGCCCAGACACAGUCUUCUACCUAGAGGCUCAGUACGUGGGAGUGGAGACGAGGCACGCAGAGUUCAAGUCCGCCGGGUUCCUCAAGUACGAGUUUGCCACGGCUGUGGGUCGCUACCUGUGUGGGUUCCUCAACUCAGGGGGCGGCGCUCUCUAUGUGGGCGUGAACGACGACGGGCGGGUGGAGGGUGUCUUUCUCUCCAGGAGCACGUUGCGAAAGACUAAGAAAGGCAUCUACACG